GACAUUUGAGCGACCGACACUUGAGCGACCAACGUUUGAGCGACUCCAACAUUAGACACUUUUCAAUAUGACUUUUUGCCGAUCAGGAAAGUCGAAUGAUUAUUCACUUCGAUAACGAUGACCAGAACAAUUUUUUUGUCGUCCGAUUAUGAACUGAAUUAUUUGGAGAUGUGUAGAGUGUGAGGGAGAGCACUUGGUGCUGAACUGUCGUUAUUACUCAAGUGUCGGUCGCUCAAAUGUCGGUCGCUCAAACGUCGGUUAAUCUGUUUACCCAGAAGCAUUAUAAGUGAUCGUGAUCCUAAAUUCACAAAUUUAUUCUGACAAACUCUGUUUACUUAUAUAGGAACAAAAACUUCGUUAUCAACGGCACUUCACCUACAAACAGAUGGACAAGGUGAAACAUUAAAUAGAACUGUAGAAGAAAUGCUACGACAUUAUGCAGCACAACAACCAGAGAAAUGGGAUGAGACAUUAACACCAAUAAAAUUUGCUUAUAAUAAUUCGAUACUAACACCAACAGAUUUUAGUCAAUAUUUUUUAGAUACAGGCCGUCAUCCACGAAUUACAGAAUAG